AUGAAAAUAAUCUUAUUAAUAUUAUUUGUUAUUAGUUCUGGACAGACAUUCUUGUAAGACUUUCAUUAUUGGGUUUAAAAGAACUUAGAUUUGUUAGAUAGUUUUGUAGAAGAUUCACAAAGCCCAAUUGAUGCUUUUUAGUUAGAGCAAGUUUAAUUAAAUGGAAAAUAGUUUGUUUCUUUAACAAAUGGAUGGUUAAGUUCAGAAACUUUUAAUAAUAGUUAUAGUAAGCAAUAUUUCACAAUAAUUUCAUCAAAACUAGCUAUUUUAGCAAUAGAUGUUAGAGAAAAUAUAAAAUUUGUAAUUGAUAAAGGGAAAUCUAAUCCUGAAGUAGUAUUAUUUGAAUAGGAGGAUUAUAGAGGAAUGAAUAUAAAAACCAACAGUUAAAAUAGAUUAGUAAUAUAUCCAAGAGUAAAUGAAGUAGUAUAAUAAAAGUAAUAGGAGAAUAAUUAAAUAAUUGAAUUCUCAAAUAUGGAAUAAGAAUAGUUUGUUGUAUAUAUUUUAUAUAGUACAGAAACAGAGUUAAGAGAUGCUUAAAAUUUGUUUGAUUUUAUAACUGAAUUUAUUGAAUUAAUAGAAUCAAAAUAACCACCAAAAUACAAAUAAUGUAAACCUAGGAAUGGAAAUAAUAAAAAAUCUUCAAAAAAGAGUACAAAAAAAUCUGGAAAGAAACCUUAAGGAAGUGGUAAAGCUGUUUAAUCAAGGGGUAGUUUGAAGAAUUAAGAUAACAAUGAGAAAUAUAAAUAAUCUUCUUUAAAGGAUAAUUAAUCAUAAAAUGAUAAUGAUUUUAAUAAGAGAAUAGAUGAUUUGGAUGAUUCUGGAAUAAAAUAGAAUAAUAAUGAUUUAAUAAAAGAUAUAGAAGAUGAUAAGAAUGGUAAAUAAGGAAAUAAUGAAUCAGGAAUGGAUAUGAAUGAUAAAGAAAAAAGAACUGAAGGAGAAAAUAAUGAUAAUAUUGGAAAUGGUUUAAAUGAUGAUUCUAAUCAUCAAGAUAUGGAUGAUAAUAAUAAAAAUAAAGACGGUUCUAAUGAUAAAGACAAUAAUGAUAAAAAUAAAAAUAAUCUUAAUGAUGGUGACGAUAAAAAUAAAGAUAAUAAUAAUGAUGGGGAUGAUAACAAAGAUAAUGGUGAUGAUGAUAAAAAUAAAAAUAAUGAUGAUAAAAAUAAAGAUAAUAAUGAUGAUAAUAAUAAGAAUGAUGGUGAUAAUAAUAAAGUUAACAAUAAUAAUGAUGGGGAUAAUAAUAAAGAUAACAAUAAGAAUGAUGGGGAUAAUAAUAAAGAUAAUCAUGAUGAUAAUAAUAAGAAUGAUGGUGAUAAUAAUAAAGAUAGUUAAGGGAAUGAUGAUAAUGGAAAUAAUAAUGAUACAAUAGAUAGAUCUAAAAAUGAUUUAGGAGAUAGCAUAGAUAAUGAUAAUAAUAAUAAAGAUGGAUAAGGAAAGGAUGGUAAUGAUAAUAAUGGAGGAGGAAAUUAAAAAGAUGGUGAUAAUAAUGGAGAAGGAAAUUAAAAAGAUGAUGAUAAUAAUGGAGAAGGAAAUUAAAAUGAUGAUGAUAAUAGUGAUUCUAGUAAAGGAGAAGGUUCUGGAUAAGGUAAUGGAACAGAUAAUUAAUAGGGUGGUGAUAGUUUAAAUGGAUAAGGAAAUGAUAAUUCAGAUGAUUAAAAUUAAGGAAGCGAUGGAUUAAAUGAUUAAGAUGAUAAAUAAUAAAAUAAUUAAAAUUUAGAUAAUGAAAAUGAUGAUAAAAACUUAAAAUGUGUUAAUCUAUAUUCUGAAUGUUAUUUCAGUGGAGAUAGUAUUGAAUUAUGUGGUAAUCAUGCUGAAAUUACUGAUAAACUUUAAAAUUUUAAAAUUAAAUCUAUUGAAAUGGAUGAUGGCAUAGAAGUAUCCUUCUAUGGAGAAAGUCAUUUUGAUAAUCAAGUUAUUACAAUUACUGAUGAUGUGGAAUGCUUAGAAAUACCAAUCAUUUUGAGUCCAUUUGAUAUUGAAGAAUUGAUACAAAUUUUAAAAUGA